CGGGUAAACAACUACCAACUCGGACGAGUCCGAAUCGGUCCGAGUUUGCCACUCACGUCGUUUCUUUACGAAACACGGGGGCAUCGAUCAGCUCGGAACCCUAUUUACUCCGACGGCGCAAUUCUCGACUCGACGGCGUUCCGAAGCGGCUGAGGGAAAGCUUCCAUGGAGAAAUCCAAACACACGGUAAGUGCAUAUGCUGUUCAGUGCGGUGAAUGUCUCAAGUGGAGGUUAAUCCCAUCAGAAGAAGAGUAUGAGAUUAUCAGGCAAAACUUUAUCGAAGAGCCUUGGUUCUGCCACAAAAAACCCAAUCUCUCAUGUGAUAAACCAAGUGAUAUAGAAUACGACAAUUCUCGAGUUUGGACUCUUGACAAACCAAAUAUACCAAAGACUCCACCUGGCACAAAAAGACUACUGAAUAUGAGAUCAGAUUUCUCCAAAAUGGAUGUGUACUAUCAAAUGCCAAACGGAAAGAAAAUCCGGAGCAAUGUAGAAGCCGAGAGAUUCCUCGAAGCCUUUCCGGAAUACAAAGAUAUAAUGUCACUUGCAGAUUUCAGUUUCACAUCGCCCAAAAUCCCUGAAGAUAUGGUUCCAAAGGAAGUAGAGAUGAAGAUUGCAUCAUCUAAAAGUAAGAAGAUGAAGGUUGCAAACUCAUAAUCUGUUGAAGAUGGGUUUCUCCUCAAAACGAAGGGAUCCAUUGAGCUACAGAACAAGGAAAAGUGAUUAUGGUUAUACAUUCGAUUUGUCUAGAAUCUGGCUGAUGAACUUUAAGGGAGCCGCAAGGCAAGAUUUCAAUGCCUUUUUCGUUUCUAUUUUCUCUGCACUAAAAGUGAGUUUCUUUGUGGCCUUGCUUCUUGCUUCCAUGUGGUGUGUGGUGGUUGUAUGAACCAUAUUUCUGUAAUAAAGGCCAAACACUGGAGAAUAAAACUGGCUGCUUCUUUGGUUUGUUCUUUGAGAA